AUGACUGAUACGAAAGAUUACUGGACCCAAGAUGCACCUUUUUAUGCUCAUUGGACAUUUCAACGCAGCUCAGAUGGGGUCACGGGCAAAUGGUUUCGAUUUCUCGUGACAGCUGCCUCACGCGAGGACGCAAAGACCUUCUUCCGAGGUGUGGAAAAGUACGCUAAGACCAAGGACGCCAACAUAGUUUCCGUGAAGGCCGUCAAUCUGGCGUGGUGGACCUACGACAUCAGCGGCGGUGACGGCUGGAAUAUUAUGCGUCUUGUCCAAAAUAUUGAUCAAAUGAAGGCAUCUCAGUACGGGGAUAUUGAUGAAUUACGAGACAGCCGGGGCAAGAUUCUUGUUUCGAUAUUGAACGAUGCGGAUGGCGGUAGCAGGUCCUGGCCAAUACUUCCUGCUCAAAAUGUGUCUCUCCAUGACUAUCAACAUGGCUAA